GUUUUAGUUGAAGCUUAGUCGUCGCAGUGUUUAGUACGUGUGCAAGAAUGCUGUCGCCUCGCAGGGCCAGCUAACGUGAAUCGCGCGUGAAUCUUGUCGUCGUUCGUUUCAGGCUCCCGUUGCUGGUCGUUGUUUCGCUAACCGUUUGGGUCGUCCUGGCCGUCGUGUGUUCGGGUGCGCUAAUCGCAAUCUAAAGAUAACUUUUUGAAAUAUUACAAUAUCUAACUGUACAAAUAAGCACGUGACUGAAAGAAAAAUCAAAAAUAGAAGCAAAAGCAGCAGCAGCAGCAGUCGGGCAGGCGUCAGAAGAAGAAUAAGGCAAAUGCUGUUUGCGUGUUUUUAUUUUACCGCAAGAAAAAAUCCUCAACUAAAGUGAGAGCAGCACUUACACUUACUCUUACUCCUCGCAUACUCACUCUCUUCUUUAACUGGGGCUUUAAUUGCUCUGCUCUCGUUUUUUGGCAUACAUUAAAGCAGAAGCAGAAGCAAAACCAACAGCAACAGCAGUGUCGCGCUUGUGUUUGUGUGUGUUUCGUUGUGUAUUUGGUUGGCUGUGUGUAUGCUUUUGAUGGUCACGUGGUCAGCCACCAAGUUGGCCUGCCAACUUGUGCGUGGAGACAAACAACAGCAAUCGCAGGCGGCAGCAAGCAGUGGCAGUCCGCCCAUAAGGGAUUAUCAUAGCGUUGAAAGCAGCUGCUGCCCGAAAGGAAUAUCGAAAAUGUGCUUCCAUUAGAACGAACGGAGGAGGAAAACUGCAGCGGGAAAAUCUGCAAGCCAAAUCCAACUUAAGUCCACAUCAAAUUAAAAUCAACAAGCGGCGGAACGGAGGAGCGGACCCCCCCCUCCCCCAAGAAGAAGGGAAAGCCAAGAAAAAUUAUAGAAAAAUAUAUAUAUAGAGAAAGAAAGGCAAAAAGGAGUAAAAGCUAAGAAAAGGGAGCUAGGAAAAGCCGUGGAAAAUGAAGUGCAAUAAAAGUCAAAUGGCCACGUUAACAAUGUGGAAAAUUUUUAUGGCCCUGCUCUGUGGAAUGGCACUGCCGCUAAUGCCAGUCACAUUAGCGCGCCUGCAUUCCACAUCCGGCGGUGGCGGCGGCGGCGGCGGCGGCGGCAUGUCCAGUGGUGUCCUGGGUCCUGGCUCUGGCGGCGGAGGAUCCAGCGGCGGAUCUUCAGGGAAAGAUGCACACGUGAAAACGAAGGACGUCGAUGCCGUUGAGGGUAAAUCAGUGUCGCUGCCUUGCCCCAUUACGGAGCCCCUGGACAAUGUCUAUAUGGUGCUUUGGUUUCGUGACAAUGCGGGCAUACCGCUCUAUAGCUUCGAUGUUCGCGAUAAGGAGGCACGGGACCAGCCCCGACAUUGGUCAGCCCCGGAGGUUUUUGGCUCACGGGCCAAAUUCCAUUUUGAUUCGCAGCCAGCAACCUUGGAAAUUAAGGAUAUCAAGCGUCAUGAUCAGGGCAUUUACCGAUGUCGUGUGGAUUUUCGCACAAGUCAAACGCAAAGUUUCCGUUUCAAUUUGUCAGUAAUAAUACUUCCGGAGCAGCCAAUCAUCUUGGAUCGUUGGGGCCGCCAGCUGAAUGGCUCUCAAUUGGGGCCAAAGCAGGAGGGCGAUGAUAUCGUUAUCACUUGUCGUGUGGUGGGCGGUCGACCCCAACCGCAGGUCCGUUGGCUCGUAAAUGGACUGCUUGUCGACAAUCAAAACGAGCACAAUUCCGGCGAUGUUAUCGAGAACCGUCUGUUGUGGCCAUCGGUGCAGCGCAACGAUUUGAAUUCCGUAUUCACAUGUCAGGCACUGAAUACGCAAUUAGAUAAGCCCAAGGAGAAGAGCUUCAUACUGGAUAUGCACUUGAAGCCUCUGGUGGUGCGAAUACUGGAGCCCCCCAGCUCGAUGAUAGCCGAUCGUCGUUAUGAAGUUGCCUGCGAAUCAUCGGGCUCUCGACCGAAUGCCAUCAUCACGUGGUACAAGGGAAAACGGCAAUUACGACGCACAAAGGACGACAUAUCAAAGAACUCGACACGCUCAGAGCUGAGCUUUGUGCCGACCACAGACGAUGAUGGCAAAUCGAUAACAUGCCGUGCGGAAAAUCCAAAUGUGAAUGGCCUGUAUUUGGAGACCAUGUGGAAAUUGAAUGUCGUUUAUCCACCUUUGGUCACACUACGCCUGGGCUCAACACUGACACCGGAUGAUAUCAAGGAAGGCGACGAUGUUUACUUCGAGUGUCACGUACAAUCGAAUCCUCAAUGGCGGAAACUGCUGUGGUUGCAUAAUGGCAUUCAUCUGGAGCACAAUACCACCGCUCGGGUGAUACGCUCCAAUCAGAGCCUGGUCCUGCAGAAGAUCACCAAGCAUUACGCCGGGAAUUAUGCGUGCAGUGCCAUCAACGACGAGGGCGAAACGGUCAGCAAUCAGCUGCCGUUGCGUGUGAAAUACACUCCGAUAUGCAAGCACUCGGACCGUGUGAUAUUAAUUGGCGCCUCCAAGGAUGAGACUGUGGAGGUUAUAUGCGAGAUUCAGGCCGAUCCACCGCCGCGAACAUUUCGCUGGAAAUUCAACAACUCGGGCGAAACCCUGGACGUGGGCAGCGAACGCUUCAGCGUGAAUGGAAGUCGCAGCAUUUUAAAGUACACACCAGUCACAGAUCAGGAUUAUGGCACACUGUCCUGCUGGGCCUCCAACGAGGUGGGCACCCAGCAGCAUCCCUGUCUCUUCCAAGUGGUCCUGGCCGCUCUGCCGAAUGCCGUCAGCAAUUGUACCGUCUUCAACCGCACAGAGCUGAGUGUUGACAUACAGUGCAUACCGGGCUAUGACGGCGGCCUGCCUCAAAUAUUUGUACUGGAAAUGUUUUCAACACGCACCGGCAUCACCAGAUUCAAUUUGAGCAACGCGGAGGAGGCCCUCUUCUCGCUGGAGAACCUGGACACGCUGACCUCGAUGAUGGUCCAGGAGAACAAUUCGCUGAGGCUGCGCAUCUACUCGUACAACCAGAAGGGACGAAGCGCCGCUUAUCUUCUGCCCGAUUUCAUAAUUGGCUCAACAGCUUACAAGACAGACGACGACGUAACACUGACAUUGUCGCCGGUGAUUGUUGGAAGUGUCCUGACCAUCAUAAUUAUUGGUGUUGCCAUCGCGAUACGAAUAUUUGUGGUGACAUUUGUGCACAAUUUGCGGCGCAAUCGUCAUCACGGCAGCAAGGCAACGGCUGCCGGUGUAACGGCCCAGCCGGGGGAUGUCUUCAAGGGCGGCAACCUGGAGAAACCGCGAUGGCAGCACACGGACAUAAAAACGAAGUCAUCGGAGGAUUUGGUCGAGGACGAACGUGAUCCGGAUGUAAUACCAUCGCAAUAUGUUGGCGGCAGCAGCGCCGGCAGCAGUGGCAGCAAUGCCUCGAACGUUGGCAGCACCACAGCGGGCACCACCACUGGCAGCAGCACAUCCACUGCGGUGGUGGCAACGGCAGCAACGGCAGCGGCAGCAGCAGCAGCAUCUGCAUCUGCCACAGGAGCAGUGGCUGGCGGUGGCGGCGGCGGCGGCGAACGGGAUGCCCAUCAGUUCACAUCAGCCACGAGCCUGGGAGGAGGUGUCUCCAAAUGGUCACCCAACGGCAAUGUGGUGCCCCUGACGACGACGACGACGAUGCUGUCCGGCGAUCCGGCCACGAAUGCGACGGUCACCUACAAUCAAAUCAACGCGCAGCGGGCCCAGCUGCUGGCGGCCGUGGCAGCGGCGGGCGGAGGGUGCAGCAGCACCGUCAUCUCGCCCAGCAGCAGCAUGAUGGGCAGCCUGGGGGGCAAGCCGCCGCUGGGACUGGGCGGCACCAUCAUCGGCUCCCCGACGUCCCUCUCCUCGACAGCCACGCUGGCGGCCCACCUGCAGCCGGUGCACAGCAGUGGCGUGGGCACCCUGCCACCUGGCUUGGGUAGCGGCGGUGGCUACAUACUGAACGCGUAUGCCAGUGGGCGGAUGCACCACCCACUGCAGCAGGUAGGUGUAGGCGGAGCCACUCACACGGCCACUCUGAAUCGGCAUCACCAUCAGCAGCAGCAGCAACAGCAACACCAUCAUCAUCAUCACCAGCAGCAGCAGCACCCGCACCAUUCGGGCUCCAGCCUGCUGCUGGGCAGCGCCGGCAGCGUCAUGGGCGUUGUGGGCCUGGCCAACAACACAGCCUCGACCACGACUACAACCACCUCGUGCAACUCGUCGCAGGACCUGGAUGAUAACAUUAAUAUAAAUGCGAUUAAGGACUGCCUCAUGACGCAGCGCGUGCCCGAGAGUUGUGUGUAAGAGCCAGAGGCUGCUUGGAAUCGUGAGUAUCCCCAGAUAAUCCAGAUCUGCAUAUAUAUAUGUGUGUGGGUAUGUGUAUUUAGGAUCUAGGAACAUGUAUGUAUCUAUGUCAUAGUUUUAUUCUCGUUAAGGUGCUGUGCAUAUCUAAUCUACUCUUAAGACAUACCUAGGCAUAACACUGACUCUGUAAAACUGAGCAAAAACUAAGCGAAAAUCUGCAUAUCUUCAUGGCGAUUGAUUGCAUAUCCAUUGUUACAUCCUACAUACAUAUGUACCAUCAUAAUUUUUUGCGAAAACCGUGAGAAAAGGGAUGUCCUUUUUACAGAUUUUUUUGCACAUCCAAAUCUUUGGAAGGCUAUAUCUCAGAUAUAUGGGGCCAGAUCGGUGCAGGACCCACUUUCCCAGGAUCGUGGGGAUCUAGCCCGUCGUUCGACACCAAAAUCUCUUCUAAAAUGAGACCGAUUUUCAGCAAAUUUAAUGAUGUAACCAUCAUGAUAUUUUGCGAAAAUCGUGAGAAAAUGGAUGUCUGUUUUUCCGAUGAAAGUCGGUUGGCAGGACUCUCCUGAUCACGAAGAGACAUGCCACGCUCCGAUCGGCUGCCGUAUAGCUGAGAUAUAGCGUACAGAAAAAACAAUUAUUCGAAUGAUUUGUACAUAUGGGAGGCUAUCAGGUGAAGUAGGGCGGAUCUAAUGCCACAUAUCGCAGGAUAUACGUAUCAGAAAUAGUAAUAAAUCUUGAUGAUUCCUUCGCAGAGUUGCGUAGAACUCAAUUCGCUUUAGCCGUCUCUCCUUUGAGACUAGCUCUUCUCUGUUGAUUCGACUCGAUCAACUUCGAUUCCAAUGUUCUUUCCAAUGCUUUGACUACAUUUCCAGUUCGAUAGUAAAUGGAUUAAAUAUAUUUAUAUGAAAAAACCACACUCUAUUUUAAGGAAACUUCAAAAAGACUCAGACAAUGUAGUAGCUAAAUAUUUUGUAGCAAAAAUGUUCCCAAAAAUGAGAAAUGAGAAAGUAAUUACUUAUAUGUAUUUAUGAAUGUGUGGUACUACCAGUAAAGAUUGUGUAUAUAACAUACUCCUGGCAUAGUUGUAUAGAUCAAAUAUUAACCAGCUCCAAGGAAGCAUUUCUCUGUUGUACAUAGGAUAUUGAUAAAUGUAAAUGUAGGUAAAUACGAGAACAUGCGAGCAUAUGUAUGUUUGAGGAGUCGAUUCGUUCGGCCAAAGGUCCUGCUUAGAAAUGGUAAAUACUAAAGUUAAAUUGUUAGAGCGAAGAACGAUAUAUGUAAGCCCCAAUAGAGCAUAGAAAACGGAAGAGUUUAAACUGAAACAUAAGCAAAAAUAUCCAUAAAUAUGUACGUCUAGAUAAGUCGGAGAAAAGUGUGACAAAAAACAAAAUGGAGAGUACGGAUUGUAAGGAAAAGACGAAAAUAAAUAUAGAUAAAUUACAAGAACCGAA